CAUGUUAGAACACGAUAUACGAAACAUUUCGCUCGUGCUCAUCUUGAAAGUUUGAAAGAUCAAAAGUUCUCGACACUCGAUUCAUGCUGUAUACACGUGUAUACAUUACACCGGCUACGCAACACAUGAGAUCAGUGCAUGUACAUUAUCACAGUAAAUAUCAGUAAAGUAAAUAGUUAAUAUCACAUAUCAGCAGGGUUGGGAAUCAAAUCGUAAUCUACUUGAAGCGUGUCGCAAAUUAUUGUCAGCGAGAGAAAUCCUGUGAAAUGUCUCAGCCGUCCAAGCCAUUAUUUGAAGAAGACAAUCAGAUGAUACGCCGCAUUCUUCAGAACGAAGGCCUCUCCCCGGAAGUGGAACUUCGGCGACCGAAACAUCAGUUGUUUUCAGUUAUCACCAAUUGCCUGAAGUUGCAGCAGGAGCGCAACAUGGUCAUACUCAAGGACUUGUUCACCAUACUGACGGAACAACAGAGAGAGUCCACACGUACCUCCGCUGCCUCCGCAUCGACGAAAUGUAUAGACCAUGUCGUUACGAAUAAGCAUGAGGAUAAGCAUGAAGAUAAUUGUUAAGACCCAGUAGCAUGAUGGAAGAGAUGACAUGGUGUGUGCAGUUGGACAGUGUCUCUGUCUAAAUCUCUGUCCUUUUCGUUUAUGGACUGUUCAUAAUAGGAAGGGCUAUCUUUUCGUUUUACU